AUGGCAACGUCACCACCAACGCCCCUCUUCCCCUCCCUCCCCCCAGAACUCCGCAACGAAAUAUACGCCUACCUCUCCCAACCAACCUCCACUUCCACGCCUACAAACAACUACCUCCCCCUCGGCCUCAAAAUCUUCACCUGCAAACACACAACCACAACCCUCCUCCCCAUCCACCACAGCACCCCCGGCCUCCUCUCCCUGGACCCUACCUUCAUCCCCGAAAGCCGCGAAUACGCCUCCUACCUCCUCUCCAACAGCCUAACCCUCCUCUUCUCCAUCCACUUCCGCGGCCGCAUAAACACCUUCGUCCCCUCGGACUGGGACAAGAAAAUCCAAGCCCAUUUACGCAAACUGGCUAAAUCCUUUCCGUGGUUGGGGAAAGUGGCGAGAUACUGUGGGAGCCGGUUGAUGGGGCGCUGA